AUGGCUGCCUUUGUCGCUGCUCCCCUGCUCGCCGCUCCCGCUGCUGCUGUUGGCUUCGGAGUGAAGACCAACCGCCGCGUGUCCGUCCGUGCUGAGGCGGCCAAGGGCGAGGUGGCAGUGGUGAUCAACCCGGCCAUUCAGAAGGACGUUGAGAAGGUUGCUGACACCGUCGUCGUGGGGGAGCUCGAGAAGCCCGUCACCGCUUACUGCAGGUGCUGGCGCUCAGAGACCUUUCCCCUGUGCAACGGCGCACAUGUGAAGCACAACAAGGCGACUGGAGACAACGUGGGACCUCUGGUGAUCAAGAAGUAA